AUGCCGCCGGCGCCCCGGCUUCCGGCGCUCCUCACCGGCCUCGCCAACCGCGCGACAUCCCCAGCGGCGGCGAGGCAGCUCCACGCGCAGCUGCUCCUGCGCGGCCUCCCGCUCCCCGCCCGCGCCGCCGUCACACUCCUCAACGCAUCGUCCUCCUCCCCGCGCUACGCCCGCGCCAUCUUCGACAGCGUCCCCGCGGCCUCCGCCAACGUCUACCUGUGGACGGCGACCAUCUCCUCCUACGCGAAGCAUGCAUCCUCCCCUGCGCUCGCCGCCGAGGCGUUUGGUCUGUUCCGGCUCAUGCUCCGGUCAGGCCCGCCACCCAACGCCUUCACCGUGAGCUCCGUGCUCAAGUCCUUGUCGACGCUCCGAGAGGUCCACGAGGUGUGUCAGGCGCACGGGUUCAUGAUGAAGGCCGGCCUAGGCUCCUCCGUGCACGCCGGUUCUGCGUUGCUCGAUUCGUACGGGAAUCUUGGCCGGGUUGAGGAUGCAAGGAGGGUGUUCGACGAAAUGCCUGCGAGGAACGUGGUGGUUGGAAACGCCAUGGUAGCAUGCUAUGCCAGAGCAGGGGACGUGGAGGCUGCGCAGGAGAUGUUCGACGGUAUGGAGGAGAGGGACCUCAUCUCCUGGAACACGCUUAUGUCGGGGCGCCUGCGGCAAGGCGAUGCUGGUGUCGCGAGGUGCCUGUUUGAUCAGAUGCCUCAGAGGAAUGUGAAUAGCUGGAACAUGAUGAUCACCGCGUGUUCUCAGGCAGGGUUGUGGGCUGACUCAGUAGGGGUGUUCAAUCGGAUGCGGCUGACGAGUUUCCAGCCUGACGCUGCAACAAUGGCUGUGUUGAUGUCCGCAUGCGCACAGCUAGGCUCCUUGUCAGUUGCCAGGCAGGUGCAUGGACUUUUACACAAGGGCUGUGUCGAGAUGAACUGCCAUGUUAAGAAUUCUUUGAUCGACAUGUUUGCCAAGUGCGGUUGCAUUAGUGAAGCUCGUUUCUUGUUUGGCGAGACACGCCCGAAGGAUGUGGUGUCUUACAAUGUGAUGGUCACUGCUCUUGCGCAACAUGGACAUGGCAAAGACUCACUGAAGCUUUUUAACGACAUGAUUGACGAAGGAUUGCAGCCUGAUGCAGUGACAUUUCUUGGCGUGUUAUCAGCUUGCGCCCAUGCUGGGCUAGUGUACGACGGAAAGCACUAUUUUGAGUCCAUGGGAACAACGUACGCAAUUCAGAAAUCUGCUGAUCACUAUGCUUGCAUGGUGGAUCUCUAUGGCCGAGCUGGGCUUAUUGAAGAAGCACACUGCUUUGUGAAGAUGAUGCCAGUGAAGCCACAUGCAGGUGUAUGGGGAGCAUUGCUCAGUGCCUGCCGGAAGCAUUGCAACACUGAUGUAGGUGAGGUUGCCGCAAGAGAACUCAUCAUGAUCGAACCCAUGAAUGCUGGCAACUACGUUCUCCUUGCAAACACACUAGCUCGAAGCCAGCGAUGGGAUGCUGUCGAGGAUGUACGGCGUCUGAUGAGGGGAAAUGUUAUCGAAAAAGAUAUAGGGCUCAGCUGGGUUGAAGUAGAUACCGUUGUCCACGAGUUCUUGACGGGGGAUUUCAGCCAUCCCAGUUUUAAUCAAAUUUACAACAUUCUGGAGCAUCUGUAUCUGCAACCGACCUAAGAAGUAUAACUUCUUACUGCUAAAUAUCAUCAUACAGGGGCAACAGGACAACACAGUGACCAUGGAAUAUUGAUAUGUAUAUACAUGCACGUUAACAAGAAGAGAGGCCUCAGAGAAGCCAAAGGUUCGAGCUUAGGGUAGUUCCAAACUUCCAUUUCACAAUGGCUGAAUGUUUAAGAUCAAGGCUAUCAGGUGUAGUUUCAUGGAGGUCUAAUUUUACAUGGCAGCAGAAAUAGUGCAAAAAAUUAUAGAAACAUGCAAACAAGCGUUCGCGCGUCUUUUCAUGGAAAAGCAAAUGUAGAUACACGAGUCUGAAUAGGUUUGAUCGAUGUAGACCCCCCACCAAGUACAUGUAAUCCUUCCAUCUUUAUAAAAAAAAAAUGCAAUCUUUCCAUGUUCAGGCAACAUAGUACAACACAAAAAAACUUAAGCUUUUCUCCUGUGGUGGAAAGUCUUGUAAAGAUAACAUAUGCCGCAUCAUAGAAUACACAGAAGAAUUAAACAAA